CUGCGCGACUCACGCGUUUUUAUCCGCCCUCUUGCGUCCCCCACACCUCCAGGACCAUGAUAAUACGAUAACACGCGAAUUUCAUACCCACAUCCACCAAGAUGUCGGCGUCAUCGUCAACCCAAGCGCUCGAAUACCUCGAGGGCCUCCCUCUGCAGACGCACCGCAAGCUGUACGAGCAGCCGUCGACGGUGCUCGCGGUGUUCCGGUGCAUGCUGCCUCAUCUAGCAAAGUCGAUAGUAAUGGCCAUGCUCUACAUGCCUACAUCCUUUCCCUCGGCCGACCUCGACGCCUGGUUCAAGUCCUCCGCCCGCAAGGAGAAGGAACAGGCCCUCUUCACCCUCGAGCGCUUGCACAUCGUCGCCUCGAAACUCAACGCUGAUCGCACGUCCUCGUUCUCCCUGUCUCCGGGCUUCCAGCGCAGCUUGCGCCAGGCUAUUGAGGGCUCGGGCACGCAUCGCUCGUUUGGUGUCCCCGCGAGUAAAGACGAGAGUCGCGGGGAGCGCAUGACGGUCGAGGCGCUGGAUCAGCACGCGAAGACGCAGUGGGAGAAUAUCCUGUACUUCAUGGUUGCUGGCGCGGCGGGAAUGCAGAAUGUGGGCGGCGAGGUGGGCGCAGGGACGAAGAAGUUGCUGCACGCGGGCGAUCUGGUGAGGAUUGUGCACGGGCAGACGAGGAUUACCAAGGAGGGCUUCUCGUUUGUGCUGCAGGAGACUAACGCGCAGGUGUGGAAUCUGCUGAUCGUGUACCUGAAGAUGAGCAGGGAUCUCGGCAUGUCCGAAACAGACGUCCUAUCCUUCCUCUUCAUGCUCGGCUCCCUCGAACUCAGCCAAGACUACUCCACCUCCACCCUCUCGCCCACCCAACUGCAAAUGCUCGACGACCUCGCCGCAAUGGGCAUCGUCUACCGCUCCUCCAAAUCCGCACAAACCUUCUACCCCACCCGCCUCGCCACAACCCUCACCUCGGACGCCGGCGCGCUCUCCAACGCCCCCGGCUCCGCCGGCCGCGGCCCCGCCGCCGCAAACAAAGGCUUCAUCAUCAUCGAGACUAACUACCGCCUCUACGCAUACACAAACAGCAUGAUCCAAAUGGCCAUCAUCUCCCUCUUCACAAAACUGCAACACCGCUUCCCCAACCUCAUCUCCGGAAAACUCACAAAAGAAAGCGUUAACCGCGCCGUUUCGCAGGGCAUCACGGCGAGUCAGAUCCUGUCCUACCUAUCUACGUACGCGCACCCGCAGAUGCAGAAAUCGGUGCCGUAUAUCCCGCCUACGGUUAUGGAUCAGAUUCGCCUGUGGGAGUAUGAGGGCGAGCGUGUUGAGGUGUCGAAUGGGUUUCUGAUGAAGGAGUUUAGCUCGCAGAAUGAGUAUUUGGAUGUUCUGGGUUAUGCGGAUGCGCUUGGGGUGCUGGUUUGGCGGAAUGAUGAGAAGAGGUGCUUUUUUGUGGGGCAGAUUGAGCAGAUUACGGCGUAUUUGAAGAAGAAGAAGGAUGAGAGGGUUGCUAAGGGGCGGUAG